CGUUCCUAGUUUCACCUUCCUCGUCGCUUCUUCCGGCGAUGAAAGCGGCUCUUCAUACCGGAGACGCCAGAGCUUGGAGGUAUUAGGGUUUUCUUUUCGGAAUUUCUCCUUGAUUUUGCUAUGGCGGAAGAGAAUCGUAUGGAUCGAGGUGUUUCUUCUACAGUUGCGAUUCCUUCUGGUUUGAACCGGAUCAAAACUCGGUUAGCUUCGUCAGGUCUUAGACCUGAAGAUUCGUCCGAUACCGUUGUAAAACCUCCGUUUAAUCGGAAUCAGAAGAUUAUUUUUCCUCGUGGACAUGGUAGAACCACUGGCUCUUCCAAACAAGAGCGUAAAGGAACAAAGUUGUCGAGGUGGCUUGCUUCCUAUAAACCCAAGUAUUCUUGUCAUCCUCCAAAAUAUGCUUGCUCGAGUACAACGAGUAGUGAGGACAUUAAGUUAAGAGGCAAGAACUGUGGUAAAGACGAAGAGAUGAUGAUCAAGGUAUCUGAAACUAACCUUCCCUGUUCCAAGUCAAUGGGUAUAAAGAGCUUUUCCCAUGAAUUAGGGCCAAGGGGUGGUGUUCAAACUCCCUACCCUCGUCCGCACAGCUAUAACGAUCUGAAGGAACUUCUGGGCUCACUUCACUCAAGAUUUGAUGUUGCUAAAGAGACUGUGGAUAAGAAGCUGGAUGUCUUUGUCAUAGAUGUGAAAGAGGCUAUGGAGAAAAUGGAUCCAUCAUGUCCUGAAGAUCGAGAAAUGGCAGAGGAGUUACUUGAUGUGGCUCGAUCCUGUAUGGAGAUGACAUCUGCUCAACUUCGUGCUACUUGUGAAUCUAUUGUCCAAGACUUAACAAGAAAAAGGAAACAGUGCCAAGCAGGACUUGUAAAGUGGUUGUUCUCUCAGUUGCUUUUUAUAUUGACUCAUUGUACAAGAGUUGUGAUGUUUCAGAAGGAGACUGAGCCAAUUGAUGAGAGCUCCUUUCGCAAAUUUAAGAAAUGUUUAGAACGCAUCCCUGCUUUGGAAACAGAUUGGGGUUCUACUCCUAGAGUUGAUGAUUCUGGUUCUGGUUAUCCUAAAUACCAAAGGAAUGAAGCUGGGCAAAAGUUCAAAAGACAAGACAAAGAAUCUUUGGAGUCAGAGACAAGUUUUGAUUAUGUUAUACCAAAUGAUCAUAGCGAUAAUGCUGCUAGAGAAGGUUAUGCAGCUGCUAAACAGGAAUUUCCAUCACAGAAACCUCAAUUUGAUAGUAAAGUGGUAGAACAAAGAUUUUAUUUGAGCGAUGAGUAUGAAGAUAAGAUGCCAAAUGAGUCUGGAAAAGAGUUAAGCGGAUCUGAUUAUGUAAUCUGCAGGAUAUGUGAGGAGGAAGUUCCUCUCUCCCAUCUGGAACCGCACUCUUACAUAUGUGCAUACGCAGAUAAAUGUGAAAUAAAUUGUUUGGAUGUUGAUGAGCGCCUUUUGAAACUUGAGGAGAUACUGGAACAGAUAAUUGAUUCAAGAAGUUUAAAUUCCUUCACUCAAGUUGGUGGCCUGGAAAACUCUGUUCUGCGGAAAUCUGGAGUUGCAUCUGAAGGUUGUUCUCCCAAGAUAAACGAAUGGCGGAAUAAAGGUUUAGAGGGGAUGUUCGAGGAUCUGCAUGAGAUGGACACUGCCUUCAUAGACGAGUCUUACACAUAUCCUAUUAAUCUUAAGAGCCAUGUAGGGGCCAAAAUUUGCCAUCAUGCCACUUCAUCAUCAACAGGUAGCAUCACGUCAGUAUCUUCAACAAAUACCCCCAGAACAAGUCACUUUGACUCCUAUUGGCUAGAACGGCAUUGUCCAGAGCAAGAGGAUCUUCAACUGAUGAUGGACCUCUCUGAUAUUGCCCGCUGUGGAGCAAGCACAGAUUUCUCGAAAGAGGGGUCCUGUGACUAUAUAAUGGCCUGCAUGCAAGACAUACAAGCUGUCUUGAAGCAGGGCAAGCUCAAAGCACUUGUAAUAGAUACUUUUGGGGGGCGGAUCGAGAAACUUCUCUGCGAGAAAUAUUUACAUGCUCGUGAAUUGACUGCCAAUAAAAGUUCAGUGGGUAACGUUAAAGAGAGUGAAGAUGUCUUGGAGCAUGCAUCAGCCACUCCACAGUUACUGCUCAAAGAUAGGAUAAGCAUCGAUGACUUUGAGAUCAUCAAACCAAUAAGUAGAGGUGCCUUUGGUAAAGUCUUUCUUGCACGCAAAAGAACAACAGGGGACUUUUUUGCAAUAAAGGUACUCAAAAAGUUGGAUAUGAUAAGGAAAAACGAUAUCGAGAGGAUACUGCAAGAGCGAAAUAUACUAAUAACUGUCAGAUACCCCUUUUUGGUUCGAUUUUUCUAUUCAUUCACCUGCAGAGAUAAUCUCUACUUGGUAAUGGAAUAUCUCAAUGGUGGUGAUCUAUACUCUCUGCUCCAGAAAGUUGGCUGUCUUGACGAGGAAAUUGCUCGUAUAUACAUCGCGGAACUGGUUCUUGCAUUGGAGUACCUCCAUUCUCUGAAAAUUGUGCACCGUGAUCUAAAGCCUGAUAACCUGUUAAUCGCCUAUAAUGGGCACAUCAAGCUAACAGACUUUGGGCUUUCAAAGAUUGGUCUUAUAAACAACACAAUUGAUUUAUCUGGCCAUGAGUCAGAUGUAUCCCCAAGAACAAGUUCUCAUCAUUUUCAGAAGAACCAAGAAGAAGAAAGAAUUCGUCAUUCAGCUGUUGGGACGCCUGACUACUUGGCGCCAGAGAUUCUUCUUGGAACUGAACACGGUUAUGCUUCGGAUUGGUGGUCUGUUGGAAUCGUCUUGUUCGAAUUGAUAACUGGAAUUCCACCUUUUACAGCAGCCCGCCCAGAGAUAAUAUUUGACAACAUCCUCAAUGGAAAAAUGCCCUGGCCAGAUGUGCCAGGUGAAAUGUCAUAUGAAGCUCAGGAUUUGAUUAACAGGCUUCUUGUCCAUGAGCCGGAAAAGCGACUGGGGGCAAAUGGGGCUGCAGAGGUAAAGUCACAUCCCUUCUUUCAAGGAGUUGACUGGGACAAUCUUGCUUUGCAAAAGGCUGCUUUUGUACCGCAGCCUGAGAGUAUAGCUGACACAAGCUAUUUCGUAUCACGGUUCUGUGAAAACAGUGGCAGCGAUAGUGAAACUGACAACAACAGCGGGUCAUUUCCAGAUUCAGGAGACGAGUUGGAUGAAUGCACCAACCUGGAGAAGUUUGAUUCUCCACCUUAUUAUCUCUCGCUCAUUAACUUUUCUUUCAAGAAUUUGUCACAAUUGGCUUCAAUCAAUCAUGAUGUGCUAUUGCAAAAGGAUCCAGCUAAAGGAGGAGGAGGAGACUCACCCUUUAAAAGCCAUGGAACCAUAAGAGUAGAGGUUGUUUUAGGAAUGUUAGAUCUUGCUAUACUCAUCAAACAUGAUCUCUCUUUUGUCAACCACCAUUUGCAAGACCCUAGCGGCACCGUCUCCGGGGUACUACAGCUAUCAUCUGUUGUUUCCUUUGACCCAACAGAGCAUCUUGCCGUCGUCUAUCACUCGAACAAGAAGAAGAGAUCUUCACUACUUGGUCCCGACAAGCACAACAUAGGAGGCAAAACAUUCGCAUUCACCAACCAUAGUGAGCCUCGUGGAUUUCAUAUUGGAUCUCAAGAGAUGACUGUGCCAGUAGAAGGAGUGGCUGGUGGAGGAACGGCUUAUGGGUUUAAUGAUGCAGAACCACUUAAACAAUCUACGGAUCCAGCAGAGGUUCCAACUGCUGAUUUGGUGAAUGUUUGGUGUAUGCCUAAUACAGUUAAUGUUGGUUCACAAGAAACACCUCGUCCUCUAGAGCCUAUAAAUCUUUUGGCGGCUAGAAAUGAGAGAGAAAGUUUUCAGAUCGCAAUGCGUCCUAAAGUUUCUUGGGCUGCUUCCAGCCCUUCCGGGAGUGUUCAGGUUCAGUGCAGUGACUUAUGCUCCUCUGCUGGAGAUAGAUUGGUUGUUGGCCAGUCGCUAAACUUGCGGCGAGUGGUACCUGUCUUAGGUGUUCCUGAUGCUUUGGUGCCCCUUGAUUUACCCGUUUCUCAACUUAGCUUAUUUCCAGGAGAAACAAGUGUGAUUUGGGUCUCAAUAGACGUUCCUAAUGGGCAGCCUCCUGGUCAAUAUGAGGGAGAGAUCAUUGUUUCUGCAAUGAAAACGGAUGGAGGCGGUUCUGCUCACUUGGGAAAGCAUGAGAAAGAUCAGCUAUGUGUGGAACUUAAUAACUGUCUUGAUAUUAUGGAACCAAUAGAGGGAAAACCCAUGGAUGAAGUGGUAGAAAGAAUAAAAUGUGCAAGUUCGUCAUUAAGAAGAAUUCUCUUCUCUCCAUCAUUUUCGGAGUUCAUUUCUAUGAAUGGAUCAACCGAUAUGAUGGAAGAAGAUGUUGUUUCAAACCUUUCGCUGCGUAUCAAGCUAAGAUUGACAGUUUGGGAAUUUAUUAUUCCAGUGACUCCAUCACUCCCUUCUGUAAUUGGCGUCUCUGACACUGUUAUUGAGGAUCGUUUUGGUGUUGAACGUGGAAGUGAAGAGUGGUACGAGAAAUUGGAUCUCCAUUUUAAGUGGCUACUUCAGUAUCGGAUCAGUCCAUACUUUUGCAAAUGGGGUGAAGGCAUGCGUGUCUUGACAUACACCUCACCAUGGCCUGCCGAUCAUCCAAAAUCUGAUGAAUAUCUCUCUGAUCCAAGGCUUGCCGCUUAUGCAGUACCGUAUAGACAAGUUAUAGCAGGGGAUGAUUCAAGGGAAAGUUAUCUGCGGAAAGAAGUUGAGAUAUUGAGGAAUAAACCCCAUUGGAAAAAAGCUUACUUUUACUUGUGGGAUGAGCCACUGAAUAUGGAGCACUUUGACAGCGUUCGCAAGAUGGCCAGUAAAAUUUACGCCUAUGCACCGGAUGCUCGUGUUUUGACUACAUACUACUGUGGACCGGGUGAUGCACCUCUUGCUCCGACACCUUUUGAAUCUUUUGUCAAAGUUCCAAAUCUUCUUCGACCCCAUACUCAAAUAUACUGCACAAGUGAGUGGGUGCUUGGUAACCGGGAGGAUUUGGUGAAGGAUAUUGUUCACGAAUUGCAGACAGAGAAUGGUGAGGAAUGGUGGACAUACAUAUGCCUUGGACCUUCAGAUCCUCACCCAAAUUGGCACCUGGGGAUGCGUGGAACACAGCAACGGGCAGUGAUGUGGCGUGUGUGGAAAGAAGGUGGAACCGGGUUCUUGUACUGGGGUGCAAAUUGCUAUGAGAAGGCAACGGUUCCAAGCGCCGAGGUAAAGUUUAGGCGCGGUCUUCCUCCUGGUGAUGGAGUUCUUUACUACCCCGGUGAAGUUUUCUCAUCUUCCUCAGAGCCAGUUGCUUCACUUAGGCUAGAGCGCCUUCUUAGUGGCUUACAGGAUUACGAGUACUUGAAGCUGUAUGAGUCAAAAUACGGAAGAGAGGAAGCGAUGGGGCUAUUGGAGAAGACAGGGGUGUACACGGGGCCGGAGCGCUACACUUUGGAACAUAGACCGAUUGAUGUAUUGCGGGGAGAAGUGUACAACACAUGUAGACCAUCUUGAGUAACCAGAUCGUUUUGUAUCUAUAGACACUCUCGGUUAGCCCUAAGUUAAUAAUAAAAGAACAUAAGAAGAAAACUCUAACAAUGUCUAGAUUACCAGUACGGAUUAUCUGAUGUGAAAAAGGUUAAUUAGUAUGAAAAUAAUAAAAUAGAUAGAUGUGCUUUGU